AUGAGAAGAAGUCUCCGUCUUUGCAACAAGAGGAAAACAAAUGUUGUCCCCUUGGAUCUACAGAUCGAGAUUCUUAACCGCUUACCUGCAAAAUCCCUAGUUAGGUUUAUGGUCGUAUCCAACUCAUGGCAAGAAAUCAUCCGCAGCAAUACUUUCAUCAGAUCAUUUCCCUUUCGAUCAUUGACUCAGACUCAGUCUCAGCCUUUGCGUUUCCUCCUCGCUUUGCACGAUAAAGAUGACCAAACGGGACGCCUAAGUUGCAGCUUCUUCUCUUCUUCUUCUUCGCUGUCGUCUUCAUCAACAUCAAUAUCAACCACUUUUCUAUCCAAAAUAACAUUUCCUCUCCGUUGUCGAGCCUCGUACCGUAGUUAUUACGUUAAUGGUCUGAUGAACAUGGGUGAGAUCAUAUGUAACCCUUGCACCGGAAAGACCAUAUCCUUACCAAGGGAUAAAAGACCAGCCUUCUCCACACGCUUUUUCGGAUAUUAUCCUGUCAAUAAUCAGUACAAAGUCUUGUGCAUCACCCCGCAUCGACUCUCAACACAGCAUGACUUUCAGGUAUUCACAUUGGGAGCAAAACCAAAAUCAUGGAGAUUUAUCGAUUGUGACAUUCCUCACCGUACCUGGUCUAACGGUCUGUGUAUAGAUGGUUCUGUGUACUACAUUGCGUACACGGGCGCAGUAACUAUGAGUCUGAUGAGAUUUGAUUUGAACUCUGAGAAGUUUGAUAUCUUUGCUAGAGUAUCUGAAGAAAUGAAAGCUUUUUGUUAUUUGGAGAACUGGAAACAGGAUUACAAAGAGAAAUCUUUCGAUAAUCUUCCCCAGCUUCAUUUGCGUGUGAAAAGUGUUAUUAAUCGAGCGGGUGAUGACGUCAUUAUAUUUGCUCCUCACCAUUCCAGAAGUGUGGCUACUGUUAUCCACCACGAUCUCAAGGGAGCUAGUUUUAAGAUGAUGAAGUUUGAAGUUGACGUUAAGGGAGAUUGGUUUACUGAAUCAAAUUGUUUCGUGGAUUACGUAGAGAGUCUUAUGUGCUGCUGUAAGCUAGAGAGAGUUGUUAUUAUUUCCUUUGUUUGA